GACUGGACAUUGACAGAAAUCUGGUGAUGCCUAUUCUGAGUUCAAAAGGAGAAAUCAUUUUGAAGUGUGUGUGGCAGAUACAAGAGAAGGCAGGCAGGUAAGUCAGGUAAAAUAAAGGUCAGAACUGAACACAAUGCAGAUCACAAUGCCAGUCUGGUGCCUGGCACUGCUGUGCCUUUUGGGCUCUCGGGUUACUGCUUUCCCCAGUGAGAUGCAGUCUGAUGACUGGAGUGCCUCUACUAUCCUGCAGGGUGUCCUAGAGCAAUAUGUCAAGCCAUACACCGGAUCCACAGUGGAUAAAAUCACUGACUCCUUCAUUUUUGAUAUUUUUGGGAAAGCGCUAAAUGGCGCACAAGGAGCAAUAAAUCUGACUUCAGAAUAUGUGAGCCCGUACUAUUACACCUAUCUAAGGCAACCAACAAAGAACACAAUCAGCUGGCUGGAGAAGAAGGCAGAGCCAAUACGAGAGUUUUAUGAGAAAAUAUUUGAGAACAAUGAACAACAAUCUUAGCCUUAAUAAUCUCCAAUAAUUGGGGCUGGGAACUCAGAAGAAGAGGCAAAUGGAUCUUUGGCUUUGCUUGUAUUGUGCAUUAAACUAGGUUACAGUGAUGAAUAUGAUGACAUAUACUAAACCUGUAUUACAAAAAC